CCCGAGGAACAUAGGGGCGGCCAGACAUAACUUACCUUCCGGCUCGACUUAAAAGCCUUGGCUGCUUAACCAACGAAUUCUCCAGAAAAUGACGAACAAGAAAAUUUGUAAGUUUCCGGCGAAACUGAAGAAAACAAUUUACCUACUAGCAGCCACUGGCCUCGCUUUUCAAGCCACAAAUCACUCCGAUUUUCUUCCGGAGAAAAUUACGGCUAGCGUGGACGGCAUCGUUCGCUCCUCCCGCGCAAUCUCCACGUUUGCUUCUACUGUUGCUGACUACAAAUAUUCUUUAUAUGGAUUAACUACUGCUUCCGAAGACUAUCGUCGCAAAUUAUCUGAGGUUCAUUUACGUUCAGCCAAGAGAAUUCUGAAAUUAUGUGAAAUUAACAAAGGUUUCUACAUAAAAGCGGGUCAGUUUGUUGCUGCAGUGCGGCAGGUUCCCAAAGAAUACUCUUCAACUCUUUCCUCGUUACAGGAUCAGGCAGUGCCUUUUCAUUUCAAAGCCAUAAAAGAAGUUUUAAUUAGCAAUCUGGGCCAAGAUUUCUCUGAAAUAUUUCUUUCUCUUGAUGAACAACCAAUAGCUGCUGCGUCUAUUGCCCAAGUACAUCAUGCGGUGUUGAGAGAUCAUCAAGAAGUUGCUAUCAAGGUGCAAUACCCGGGAAUAGAGAAUAAGAUGAGACUAGACACAACAAUUAUGUCUUUCCUUUCAAAGGCUGUUGCAUGGUUUUUCCCUGAGUACAGGUUUGAGUGGCUUAUAUCAGAAUUUGCAGGGGGCAUUUCUUUGGAACUCGAUUUCACUCAAGAGGCUAGAAAUGCUAUCAAAACGGCUGAGAACUUCAAGAACAAUGAUAUAGUCCGGGUUCCUAAUGUUUUUUGGGAUUUGACCACUAAGCACAUUUUGACAAUGGAGUUUUGUAAGGGGUGCAAGGUUAAUGAUAUAGAGUUUUUAAAGGAAAGAAGGAUAGAUGCAAAAAAGGUUGCAAAAGCAUUGGUAGAGGUGUUUGCCGAAAUGAUGUUUGUUCAUGGUUUCAUUCAUGGAGAUCUGCACCCUGGUAAUAUAUUAGUUUCUCCCAAAGGUCAGAAUGAUUUUACACUGGUUCUUUUAGAUCAUGGAAUCUACAAAACUUUGGAUGAAACAUUUAGAGUGGAAUAUUGUCAGCUUUGGAAAGCAUUGAUUCUUCUCGACUCCAAAAAAAUAUAUCAUCUUGGUGACCGAUUUGGUGUUGGAAAGUAUUCCAAGUACUUCCCCCUAAUUUUUACUGGAAGAACUAUUGACAGUAAAUCUGCCGUGGGAAAGGGAAUGUCAGUGCAAGAGAAAAGGAAACUGAAGCAGGAAUUAGAGUCUCUAAAGAUGGAGGACAUAUCUUCUUUCAUGGAGUCUCUACCCCCUGACUUUAUAACAAUAUUGCGCACAGAUGGGCUACUGAGGUCUGUCAUUGGCAAGUUGGGUGCGCCACAACAGAUCAGGCUACUGGCCUAUGCCAAGUAUGCCUUGUAUGGUCUCUCACCUAAGUUGAGUCCUAAAUCUGAUUCUGCAGAAGGUUUUUUUAACAGAUUCAAAACAAUCACAAGCUACCUUCAUCUAAGGCUUGUUCUGGAGUCAUUAGAGCUACUUUCUUGGAUGCACAAGUUCAAACAAUUUCUUCAUCUCUUGCAUAGAAAGGUCAGUAGUACUAUGAGGAGUGUGUUUCAGUAGUGCAAUUUACCAUUAAAUUGUUGGAUGGCUGGAAAUUGGCUUGUGUAUAUUCUCCUCCAUUGAUGUGGAUCUGGAGCACACAACUAGGAUUUUUCAGUUGAAUACAACAUUCAGUUUACUUCAAAUUGAGAUUCUUUUGUAUAAUGCAUUAGCGUUAGUAUUAGCGGCUAUUUCUAUGUA